UCCCUACUCCAUUUCUCUCUGCCGGAGUGAACGCACCCUGAGCGGGAGUCCUGUGAGGCUGCGCAGCUUCGACAUAAUAAUAUAUUCCUGUUUGUUUCUAUUUGGUUUCGUACAGAAAUAACGAGCAGUUUUUUUUCUUGUUGUUGUUGAGAUGGUAGAUUACCACGCUGCCAAUAAUCCAGCUCAAUAUUCCGCACAGCAAACCUACAUGGAGCAAGAAAACGACUGGGAUCGCGACUUGCUGCUCGACCCGGCCUGGGAAAAGCAGCAGAGGAAGACAUUCACAGCAUGGUGUAACUCUCACCUGCGUAAAGCUGGAACUCAGAUUGAGAACAUUGAGGAGGACUUCAGAGAUGGCCUGAAGCUCAUGCUGCUGCUUGAGGUCAUCUCAGGAGAGCGGUUACCCAAACCUGAGCGAGGGAAGAUGAGAGUGCACAAGAUCAACAAUGUCAACAAAGCACUUGACUUCAUUGCCAGCAAAGGAGUCAAACUAGUAUCUAUUGGAGCUGAGGAAAUUGUUGAUGGUAAUGUGAAGAUGACCCUCGGUAUGAUCUGGACCAUCAUCCUCCGCUUUGCCAUCCAGGAUAUCUCAGUGGAGGAGACCUCCGCUAAAGAGGGGUUGUUGUUGUGGUGUCAGAGGAAAACGGCUCCGUACAAAAACGUCAAUGUACAGAACUUCCACAUCAGCUGGAAGGAUGGUUUGGCCUUUAAUGCUCUGAUUCACAGACACAGACCUGAGCUGAUCAACUACGACAAACUCCGCAAGGAUGAUCCUGUUACCAAUCUGAACAAUGCCUUUGAAGUGGCUGAGAAAUACCUGGACAUUCCCAAGAUGCUGGACGCAGAGGAUAUCGUCGGUACUCUCAGGCCGGAUGAGAAGGCUAUAAUGACGUACGUUUCCUGCUUCUAUCACGCCUUCUCUGGUGCUCAGAAGGCCGAGACAGCAGCUAAUCGCAUCUGUAAGGUUCUCGCGGUCAAUCAGGAGAACGAACAACUGAUGGAGGACUAUGAGAAACUCGCCAGUGAUUUGUUGGAGUGGAUCAGGAGAACAAUCCCAUGGCUGGAGAACAGAGCUCCAGAAAAGACAAUGGUUGAGAUGCAGCAGAAGCUGGAGGACUUCAGAGAUUAUCGUAGAGUUCAUAAACCUCCUAAAGUCCAGGAGAAAUGUCAGCUGGAGAUCAACUUUAACACGCUGCAGACCAAACUGCGGCUCAGUAACCGGCCGGCGUUCAUGCCCUCUGAGGGGAAGAUGGUGUCUGACAUUAAUGGGGCGUGGCAUAAUCUGGAGGGGGCGGAGAAAGGCUAUGAGGAAUGGCUACUGAAUGAAAUUCGCAGACUGGAGAGACUCGAUCACCUUGCCGAGAAAUUCCGCCAGAAAGCAGCUAUACAUGAGAGCUGGACUGAUGGGAAGGAGAGCAUGUUGAAUCAGAAGGACUAUGAGAGAGCAUCUCUGUCUGAGAUUAAAGCUCUGCUGAAGAAACAUGAGGCAUUUGAGAGUGACCUCGCUGCUCACCAGGACCGUGUGGAGCAGAUCGCUGCCAUCGCACAGGAACUCAAUGAGCUGGACUACUACGACUCUCCAAGUGUAAAUGCUCGAUGUCAGAAGAUCUGUGAGCAGUGGGACGUGCUGGGAGCUCUGACCCAGAACCGCAGAGAGUCGCUUGAGAGGACCGAGAAACAGCUGGAGUCGAUUGAUGAGCUUUACCUGGAGUAUGCAAAGCGAGCAGCUCCAUUUAAUAACUGGAUGGAGGGAGCGAUGGAGGACCUGCAGGACAUGUUCAUAGUGCACAACAUUGAGGAGAUACAGGGUUUGAUCACAGCCCAUGAGCAAUUUAAGGCGACUCUCCCGGAGGCGAAUAAGGAGCGGGAGGCGAUUCAGGCUAUUCAGGCUGAGGUGCAGAAGAUUGCACAGUAUAACGGCAUCAAGCUCAGCGGCACCAACCCCUACACCACCAUCACACCCAGCAGCAUUGACAACAAGUGGGACAAGGUGCAGCAGUUGGUCCCUCAGCGUGAUGGAGCUCUGCAGGAGGAGCUCAGCCGUCAAAAGUCUAACGAUCAUCUGAGACGCCAGUUUGCCAACCAGGCUAACAUGGUGGGACCCUGGAUCCAGAACAAGAUGGAGGAGAUUGGACGGAUAUCGAUUGAGAUGAACGGCACUCUGGAGGAUCAGCUCACUCAUCUGCGUCAGUACGAACAGAGCAUCAUCGAGUACAAGCCCAACAUCGAGCAGUUGGAGGGAAAUCAUCAGCUCAUCCAGGAGGCGCUCAUCUUUGACAACAAAUACACUGCUUACACCAUGGAGCACCUACGUGUGGGAUGGGAGCAGCUCCUCACCACAAUUGCUCGCACCAUUAAUGAGAUUGAGAACCAGAUUCUGACCCGUGACGCUAAAGGCAUCAGUCAGGAGCAGCUGCAUGAGUACAGAGCCUCCUUCAACCACUUUGACAAGGACCACAGCGGCACAUUGAUAGCCGAGGAAUUCAAGGCAUGUUUGAUCAGUCUGGGUUACGACGUGGAGAACAACAAACAGAAGCGCACUGGGAUCAUGGACUUGGACGAUUUUCGCGCGCUGCUCAUUUCCACUGGCAACAGCCUGGGCGAUGCUGAGUUUGCCCGCAUUAUGGCCAUUGUGGACCCCAACAGCACUGGGGCUGUGACCUUCCAGGCCUUCAUUGACUUCAUGUCCAGGGAAACGACAGACACCGACACAGCAGACCAGGUCAUUGCCUCCUUCAAGAUCCUCGCUGGAGACAAGAAUUACAUCACUGCGGAGGAGUUGAGGCGCGAGCUGCCCCCAGAUCAGGCUGAAUACUGUAUCUCCCGCAUGGCGCCCUACAGAGGGAGUGACGCUGUGCCCGGUGCCCUCGACUACAUGUCUUUCUCCACCGCUCUUUAUGGAGAGAGCGACCUCUAAAAGGGCCCUAGUUCUGGCUUACUCCUCCAUCUCCACCUUUCCAUUCCCACAUCUCCAUUUCCUGUCCUUCAUCUCUUUUCCUCCAAGGAGGGGUGGAGUUUUAUGGGACUAAAAGCACAUCUGAGGGGUGGGGCCAGUGUCUGCAAUGUGUUCAUGUGUGUGUGCGCGCGUAUGUGUGACAGGAAGUGAUGGGGGGGGGGGGUGUUCUUAGAAACAUUGCUCACUUCUUAGUGUUCAUUCAGUUAAAUGGAUACAAUUAUUUUCUUUAUAAUUUAGUAUUAAUUAGUUGAGAUUUCUCACCAGCAGGAGUGUGUGUAGGAAAUUGGGUCAGAAAUGAAUUAAAGAAUUUGAAAUAGAUUAUUAGUGUGAACGUUGGUGCUGUAGCGAAAUCUGGGUUUCAGCCUUGUUUCAAAUACACAACACAGCGAGUGCAAGUUAUUCCCAUUAUUAUACCUGCUUAUGUUUUGUUUGUUGCUAUGGUUAAGGUGUGGGCGGGGCUUAGUGAGGGUUUGACCAAUAGACCAGUAUAGGAAAGAACAUGGUAUGGGUGGCAUGAGCUGGGAAAUAAAAUGGAUGAGAGUUAAGGAGGUGUGUGUGUGUGUGUGUGUGUGUGAGCGCACUCCACUCUGGUCUGUUAUUGUAUUGAUUUCCUUGCUGCAGUGUGAGUUGUGGGUUUUUCUGUGCUGUACAUACUCAUUGUGUUAACACACACACACACACACACACACACACUGUAAUAAACCAUGAUGCAGCAGCUUUACAAAUUCCAUUAUAACAUAAAAUAAACAUUGCGCUUGGCCAGGCAUGUGCCGAUCCAUGGUAAUCUUUCAUAUCAUGAUAUUUGUAAGUUUUUAUCAGUUUAUGUUGAUAUAGAAAGUUUGUAUUUAAAGAAAAAAAAAAAAGAUUAUAUUCUUUAAAAAAAAAUCCUCAUUCACCAGGUUUUUCACACUCGUGUAGCGUACAGAACUCUGGGGUUGUUGGUGAUUCACUGAGGAACAUGUGCUAUAUAUGUGUCAAAAUAAGGGACCGCCUCUUAGCAUGCUCCCUACUUAGGCAGACUACUGACCCCUUAGUUAGAAUUAGGCUGCCUAGGUAGUGAGCAAGUGUUUUCAAAUUGCCCCCGAGGAGAAUCUUAACUCUGGGGAUUAUAAAUAAAUCACAGCUGAUGAUCGGCACAUGCCUAUAGCAGACGUUGGGGCGGAGACACGUGUGGUGACUUAAUGCUAAAGCACACGGCCUGUGCUCACUUCUCCUCUUGUCCACUCCUCCAGGGCUGAAGCAUGGUCCCAAAGUCCUGCCAUCUUAUCUGAAGAUUGUGACAUGGUGUUUGGGGUGGAGGUGUUGGGGGCAUGGAGUGGGCAGGGUCUUAAUGAACAUUCCAUUAUGUCUUAAUGAUCAAAUUAAAUUGCUGUCUAAUGAUCUAUGCAAAUUAUCAUUAUUAAUAUUACAAUGAUGGGGUGACUAUAACUGUACUGGAGAAUUAAACGGUGAAUAAACACAAGUGACGGAG